AACAGAUGAAGACGGAACGAACAAAGGAACAACGAGUAGUAAAACCUAUAUUAGCUGUGAAACACCUCUUGAUGCAGUAUUCUGCAAAGGAAGAAUAAGACACACAUGAGAAUCGUGCAUCCGUUGAAAGGUGAAUAAGAAGAUAUGGAUGCCAAAGAUCGAGUUUCCAGUUCACAAUUAAAUGAGAGUAAAGUAGAUGAUGAAUCAUGUAUCAAAGAGGUAACUCAACUGCCUUUAAACAUGGGCGAAAAAUUUUAUUUGCAAUAUUAUAUCUUGUUUGAAAAUAAAUCAAACAACUGCUGGUUAAAUUCUGCAUUAGCCUUGUUGCUGAACAGUCAAACUUUGUACUGUAAUUUAAAAUCUAAAAAUGAUACUGUCCUGGUAAAAAUUCUGCAACAUUAUCGUGAUAUAAUGAUGUACCUACUAUCCCCUACAAAAACUUUGAACGGGCUUAGACUAUCUGUUGCUUCAAACAGAGUAAAAUUUGUGCAAGAACUUGCUCUUGCAUAUUUGCAGCCAUUGCUUAAAUGUAAGGAUGGAAAGCCAGACUCAGCUUUCAAUGCUGUAAUGAACUUGAUUGGAAGUGAUGUAAAAGCACAGAAUCUUUUUGUCGCAUCAUUCAAUCGCGGAAUGAAAUGCGACAAUUGUAAAAUUGUGAGAACAAGGAACGAUAAAAAGUCAGUGAUAACCUUAACAAAGGUGGAAAGUUUCAAUGGCUCUAAUCCUGUAUCUUUAUGUGCUUGUCCAGAAUGUAAAGUUCCAGACCAAAAAAUGUUCCUUCACUAUCAAUCACUGCCUCCCUGUUUGUUAUUUCACUUCGAGAAUGGUGCUGGAGAAGGGAUUCUUGAACAGAUGGAUUUCCAAGUUGGUGCGCGCACUUAUCACCUUUCUGGUGUUAUCACUUUACAAGAUAAACAUGGUCCCAUUCCUCAUUUUGUAACGUGGGUUAGAAAUCCAGAUACAAAUCAAUGGUUACAAAGCAAUGAUUUGGGACCUAGGCUCACAUCUUUCGAAAGUUCCAACCCAGGAAUUAAUCUGAAUAUAAUUCAUAUGCUUUGUUUCGAAGCAUUGGAUCAAAUGGGGGUUAUAACCAACUUUAGUGGACUUAUUUCAACUAAUAACAUGCCUUGCAAUUAUGCUAAAAUUCCAGAAAUAACACUUUCUGAUGACAAUGAGGAAAAGAGUGCUGGUCAAAACCAGCUGAAUUAUAGUUCUACAGCAAAUAGCAAGAACUUUCUUGAAGAGGAAAGCACAAACAGAGCUGUCAGUAUUUUGAGUCCAUCAGUAUCUGAGGAGUCUAUAAAUGCUGUUUCUGGCGCUGAAACUUUCGUAGAGAAAGAAAAAUGUGUAUUAAGUGGAGCAUCUUCAUCAGGCGCCACUGCCUCCAGUUCUAGUGGUCCCCGAAUUGAAUCGAAUGAUAAAAAUGCAAUUGAUGAAAGCAGUAAAAAAUUGCCUAAGAAAGAAGGGAGUAACCCCAAACCAAAAGCGGUGCUAACAGAAUAUGAAGAACGUCUUUUAAACAUGACAGUUGAGGAUGUACUGCUUAAUACUGUAUUCCCCUAUUUUGGCCUUGGAAAAAAGGAUGACUGAUGUUGAACUACAAAGGAAAAGAUUUGUCCAAUACAAAAAGAGUGUACUAAGUAAAUAUUUUUGUAUUUGGAUUGCUACUUAAAUGAGAUUUUUAUUGUUCAUGAUUUUUUUGGUAUAAAUAUAUAAUCUAGUAUGUUGUCAUUCCUUCAUAUGAAAUUGUCAUUUUCAACAACUUGAUGUAAAAAAUGCAUCCUAUUCUUAUU